AGCAGAGGUCCUCGAUGACAUCACCAAGCUCGUCAAAGCUGCUAUCGCAGCUCGCGAGCAGGUCUUGAGCGAUGCUUGUGCUCUUCGCAGGAAGGGACCGCCACCGGUUGGCUCAACUGUUGUUCUUUUCAACCCCAACACACUGGGACGCGGCGACAG